AUGGCUCCGCCCACCGUGGAUCGGAGUGGCGGAGGCGAAUCGACGGCGAACGGCGACGCGCCGCGGUCCGUCCCGACGCCGUUCCUGACCAAAACUUAUCAGCUCGUGGAUGACCCAUCCAUCGAUGACAUCAUUUCAUGGAAUGAUGACGGAUCUGCUUUCAUCGUCUGGAACCCGACGGAGUUCGCCCGCGACUUGCUCCCCAAAUACUUCAAGCACAACAAUUUCUCCAGCUUCGUUCGCCAGCUCAACACUUACGGAUUUAGGAAGGUUAUGCCCGAUCGAUGGGAGUUCUCGAAUGAGUGCUUCCGGAGGGGCGAGAAGAAGCUCCUCUGCGACAUCCAGCGCCGGAAAAUCACCGCGGCGGCACCGACGACGUCUCCGCCGCCGUUGGCGGCGACUCCAUUGAAGGCGGUGUCACCGUCCGAUUCCGGUGAGGAGCAGGUGAUCUCCUCCUCCAACUCGCCGGCUACCGGGCGGGAAUUAGGCGGCGGCACGGCGGAGCUGUUGGGGGAGAACGAGAGGCUGAGGAAGGAAAACGUACAGCUUAACAGGGAGUUGAGCCAGAUGAAGAGCCUGUGCAACAGUAUCUACGUUUUGAUGUCAAACUACGCGGGCAGUGGUAUGGGUAAGGGCGGCGGCGGCGGCGGGUCAGAUCCGGCGGCUAGGCCGUUGGAUCUGCUGCCUAUGACGAGGUUCUGCGAGGAGAUGCAGACCGCGGUGGCGGCUGCGGCGGAGGCGAGGGGCGAUGAGGAGUGCAGCCUAAGAUCGGCGGCGGAGGAGAUCAGCGCGAGGCUGUUCGGGGUGCCGAUCGGCACGAAACGCGGGAGGGAGGGGGAGGGGGAGGGGGAGGGGGAGGGUGGGGUGGCGGAGCACGUGAUGGAUCUGCGGCUGCAGCAGCCGGGAGGGUCGGAGAUGAAGACGGAGCCGUUGGAUCAAGAGAUGAGCGACGGCGGGGAUCAAGAAUCGUCGUGGCUGACGACGAGGAGCAACUCGAGAAAUCGGAGGGUGUGA